AUGUCCAAGAAUAUCUUGACUACUUCAAACGGUAACCCUGUCGAAAACAAUCAAACAUCUCAAACUGCUGGCCAAUGGGGUCCUGUUCUUUUGCAAGAUUUCCACUUGAUUGACAAGCUCUCUCACUUUGACAGAGAACGUAUUCCUGAACGUGUUGUUCAUGCCAAGGGUGCUGGUGCUCAUGGUGUCUUUGAGGUUACUCAUGAUAUCACACAUCUUACCAAGGCUAAAUUUUUGAGCAAUAUUGGUAAAAAGACACCUACUUUUCUUCGUUUCUCCACUGUAGGUGGUGAAAAGGGCAGCGCUGAUACUGCUCGCGAUCCUCGUGGUUUUGCUCUCAAGUUCUAUACUGAAGAAGGCAAUUGGGAUAUGGUCGGCAACAACACACCUGUAUUCUUCAUUCGUGACCCUUCUAAAUUCCCAGACUUCAUUCACACUCAAAAGAGAAACCCUCAAACAAAUAUUCCUGAUCCUGAUGCUUUCUGGGAUUUCUUGUCACUUGUGCCCGAAUCCAUUCAUCAAGUCACUAUUCUGUUUUCGAACCGUGGUACACCUGACGGUUAUCGUCAUCUUAACGGUUACUCUUCCCAUACUUUGAAAUUAGUUGACGACAAGGGCAAUUUCAAGUAUGUCAAGUGGCAUUUCAAGACAGACCAAGGCAUCAAAAACUUGAAGGCUGACAAGGCAGCUCAACUCGCUGGUACUGAUCCUGAUUAUGCCACACGUGAUCUCUUCAAUGCCAUUGAACGCGGUGAAUAUCCUUCUUGGACUGUUUACAUUCAAGUCAUGAACCCAGAAGAUGCCAAGAAGUAUCGCUUCAACCCAUUUGAUGUUACUAAAGUUUGGUCACAAAAGGACUAUCCUCUUCAGCCUGUUGGUAAAUUAACUUUGAAUCGUAACCCCGAAAACUAUUUCGCAGAAACUGAACAAGCUGCCUUUUCUCCUUCUCAUACUGUACCUGGUAUUGAUGUUUCUCCUGAUCGUAUGUUACAGGGCCGUCUUUUCUCAUACCCUGAUACGCAUCGCCAUCGUCUUGGUGUGAAUUAUGCUCAAAUUCCUAUUAACCAACCCCAUUCACGUGUCUCUAACCAUCAACGUGACGGUUUGAUGUCUGUCUUGGGUAACGGAGGAUCUGCUCCCAACUAUGAACCCAAUUCAUUUAGUGGACCUUACCAAACAAAUGUGGCUGCUACUACAUUUACUGCUGAAGAAGUUCAGGGUCUCACAGGUCGUUAUUCUUUUGAAUUGACAGAUGUUGAUUUCGUUCAAGCAGGUGAUUUGUAUCGUUUGUUGUCUGCUGAAGAAAAGACAGACUUGGUCAACAAUAUUGCAGGUCAUUUGAAGAAUGCAAAGAAGCAUAUUCAAGAACGCCAAAUCGGUCACUUUAAGCGUGCUGAUCCUGAAUAUGGUCAACGUAUUGAAGAAGCAAUUUUGGCUCUUGGUGCUAAGGCUUAA